UUCUUUAUUUGACAGAUAAAGGCACGUCUUAUCACAAUGGUGACCGAAAACGAAACCGCCACGAAAGCACCGAAUUCCAACGGAAAAGAAGGGGAGACUACUUCAAAGAAAGCUGCCAAGAAACAGGCCAAGGAAGCCUUAAAGGCUGCCAAGAAAGCCGAAUAUAAAGCCGCUGCUGGCAAAACUGAUAACUCCAACAAUGCCGCCGAUAGUGCAGAAGAUGUGUCAGCAGGUUGCUAUGGCUUAUACGGCAUCAUCAAUUCCAAGGAAAAACAUGAAGAAAGAAACUUUGUAACUGUCGUCGAUUUGAAAGAGCAUGUCGGCAAAGCUCCUGUCUGGGUUAGAGGACGUGUUCAUACAUCGAGAGCAAAGGGCAAACAAUGUUUCCUCAUUUUGCGCCAGAAUAGCAGCACAGUCCAAUGUAUUUUGGCAGUAGGUGACAAAGUAUCGAAACAAAUGGUGAAAUUUGCUGGCAAUUUGAACAAGGAGAGUAUCAUCGACAUUGAAGCCUUGGCAGUAAGUGUACCAACUAAAAUUGAAUCUUGUACCGAACAAAGCCUUGAAUUGUCAAUACAACAACUGUUUGUGGUAUCACAAGCCAAGCCUCAAUUGCCAUUGCAAAUUGAGGAUGCUUCAAGGCCCGACAACCCUGACGACACCGAUGGCCUUAAUAUUCGUGUCAAUCAGGAUACCCGUUUGGAUAAUCGUGUUUUGGAUUUGAGAACUCCAGCAAAUCAAGCCAUUUUCCGUUUGGAAGCUGGCGUAUGUCGCCUAUUCCGUGAUAUACUUACAGCCAAGGGCUUCACAGAGAUCCAUACCCCGAAAAUUAUUUCAGCUGCUAGUGAAGGUGGUGCCAAUGUGUUUACUGUCAGCUAUUUCAAAGAAUCCGCAUAUUUAGCCCAGUCUCCACAACUGUAUAAACAAAUGGCCAUUGCUGCUGAUUUCGACAAAGUCUUCACGGUUGGCGCUGUAUUCCGUGCUGAAGAUUCCAAUACACAUAGGCAUUUAACAGAAUUCGUUGGCCUUGAUUUGGAGAUGUCUUUCAAAUAUCAUUACCAUGAAGUUCUGCACACAAUUGGAAAUACCUUCACCGAGAUUUUCAAAGGAUUGCGCGAUCGCUACAGCAAUGAAAUUGAAGCAGUUCGACAACAAUACAGAGUGGAGCCAUUCAAAUUUCUGGAGCCUCCACUAAUUUUGGAAUUCUCCGAGGGUGUAGCUAUGUUGCGUGAAGCUGGCGUUGAAACUGGUGAUGAAGAAGAUCUCUCCACACCCAAUGAGAAGUUGUUGGGUCGCCUUGUGAAAGCAAAAUACGACACCGAUUUCUAUAUUUUGGACAAAUUCCCCUUGGCUAUACGUCCCUUCUAUACCAUGCCCGAUCCAAACAAUCCAAUUUAUUCCAAUUCCUAUGAUAUGUUUAUGAGAGGCGAAGAAAUAUUGUCCGGUGCACAGCGUAUUCAUGACCCAGAAUUUUUAACAGAAAGAGCUAAACAUCACGGUAUCGAUAUCAGUAAAAUUGCUGCCUACAUUGAAUCGUUCCGUUUUGGAUGUCCACCACACGCUGGCGGUGGCAUUGGUAUGGAACGUGUUGUUAUGUUGUACUUGGGUCUUGACAAUAUUCGCAAAACUUCAAUGUUCCCACGUGACCCCAAGAGAUUGACUCCUUAAAUUGUCAUCAU